CUUCGUCGAAAAAACGUAUCAAAAGAAUUUGCGCUAGCGUUCUACGAGUCAUUCUUUUUCCCCUUUGAGAACAUGAAUUACUACUAGGUAGUCAUACCAAGGUAUCUAGGGAAUUCUUCUCCACGUCGUCCGUUCCACAUACAUCUGCACAAUCCCACAAUCAUUAUAUCUCCAUAUCAGAACUGUUUAUAUUUAAGAUACCUACAAUUAAUCAUCAUAGUAUCCUCAAUGUCCCCUAGGUCUAUUUGUAGCAGUAAAUUCAGCGGAUUCUUAGGACUUAUUAACAUUACCGGAGGUUCAUUUUUGACCUAUAGAUAUUUCUCGCUUUCACGAGAAUCGGAAUAUCAACGAAAGAUCCGGGAGAAAAAUAGCAUUGCACCGUCAUCAUAUACGAAAACGUUGUGACAAUGUCUUCACCUUUUCUCAAAUUCGGCAAAUUGAUGGAGAAGACUUGGAUUAGUAUCCCGAUUGCGGCCUUCGUUUUGGGAUUGCUAUAUGUUAAUAAUGGGAUGGCAGAAGAGAUCAGGCAACUGAAGAUAAUUAACGAGGAAAGAGGUCAAAAAGAGGCAGGAGUAUCGAAUCUUGAAGAUACACGGAAAUAGGAUGGGAGAAUCUGAUGUAUGGGAGAAAGGGUUGUAGAGAUAGAAAUGAAGAGAAAUGGAAGAAUAACCAAUAUCGGGAAAUCAAGCAUGCAUGAUAAAUCACAAAAUUGACUGGGAAACUCGAAACGGAAAAUUCUUAACACCUUGCGUAUAGUUUAUUGGUACCUUGGGUAGAUGGAACGUCAGGGAGAGGGAAAGCGCAAUGGGUUCAUUCAAUUUCAUAUAUUGUCAGAGAAAAAUGAGGCUCGUAUCAACUGAACGACAUGCAGGAGUUUCCACGUAGACUGAUAAUUUGCGUUCUUUGGAAUCCUGUAGUGUACAAUUGUCUCUAUCAAUCUCUCUUUGCCUGUACGAUCUCAGAUUUGGGGUGGUCAUGAUCGGUUCUCUUGAAAAAUACAUGCAGACAUGCACAUAGUUCUUUCCUUCUCCGCG